AUCGCCUUUCAUCUUUUCUUUUCGUCGUUGCUGUUCGGCUUCGAAGCACGCAGGAGGUGUAGAGAUUGCGCGCGUCGCUACUUCGGCUCCUUCGUGGCUGUUCGACUUCGCCCCUUCGACGAUUUUCCAUUCCUGUCGGGUUGGAAGUUAGGAGAUUUUGAUCGGAAGCAACAACGGGAGCUUGCUGGCUGUGAAGGUUCUCCCUUUCGCGCGCUUCUUCGGCGACUGUUGAGCUUCGGCGAUACGGGCGCCGCGGUUCUCCUCAGCCAGACCUACCCCUCGCAAUUCCGCUGCAGCCCUAGCCGCCGUGAUUCGUUUCUGGGGUUUGGAUCCGCAGUAAUUGCGGAAAUGGAGAUGCUUAGUAAAAGAAAACCAGUAGACGAUGAUGAAGAAGGAGAAGAUGGAGUCUACCGAGAACAUAAGAGACAGCGGCUCUCUCCUGUGGGCAACGACUCUCUCCUUUCCCUCGCUCGCUAUAGCGACGACGGUGACGAGGAGGAGCCCGGAAGAGCAAGGGCGAACGGACUUCUACUAGAUGAGAAUGGACGCAGACAUGACAGUGACGGUGGAGAUGAAAUUGGCACUGUUGAUGAUGAAGAGGAGGAAGAGGAUGAAAGCAAAAUCGCUCAAGGUCAAGUUAGAGGGAGGCGGCAGGGUCUGGUGGAGAUCCGGAGGGACUGCCCUUAUCUUGACACUGUUAAUCGCCAGGUCUUGGACUUUGAUUUUGAGAAAUUUUGCUCAGUAUCUCUAUCAAAUUUAAAUGUAUAUGCAUGUUUAGUCUGUGGGAAAUAUUAUCAAGGAAGAGGUCUAAACUCUCAUGCAUACACCCACAGUCUUGAAAAUGGUCACCACGUGUAUAUCAACCUUCAAACAGAAAAAGUUUAUUGCCUUCCUGAUGGUUAUGGAGUGAAUGAUCCAUCAUUGGAUGAUAUCCGACAUGUAUUAAAUCCCAGAUUUACGAGGGAACAAGUUGAACAUCUGGAUGACAAUGGGCAGUGGUCUAGGGCACUUGAUGGAUCGAACUAUCUUCCUGGAAUGGUCGGCCUGAAUAAUAUCAAGGAGACUGAUUUUGUUAAUGUCACAAUCCAGUCCCUAAUGCGAGUUACACCUCUAAGGAAUUUCUUUCUCAUUCCUGAGAAUUAUCUGAACAGCAAGUCUCCUCUUGUUCAUCGUUUUGGUGAAUUGACACGGAAAAUUUGGCAUUCGAGGAACUUCAAAGGACAGGUCAGCCCACAUGAGUUUCUUCAAGCAGUCAUGAAGGCUAGUAAUAAGCGUUUCCAGAUUGGUGUUCAAUCUGAUCCAGUUGAAUUUAUGUCUUGGUUAUUGAAUACAUUGCACGCAAAGCUCAGGCAUCCAAAGAACAAAAACAAAAGCAUUAUCCAUGAUUGUUUUCAGGGAGAGUUGGAGGUUGUGAAAGAGAUCCACAAGAGACUAAUAGAGAUGAAAGAGAAUGGGGAUGGGGAGGGCAAAGAUGGUGCUCCUGAUGGAAAUAAUAUUGCAAGUGAAACAUCACGAGUGCCCUUCUUGAUGCUUGGUCUUGAUUUGCCUCCACCUCCUCUUUUUAAGGAUGCAAUGGAGAAGAAUAUCAUACCACAAGUUCCUCUUUUCAACAUAUUAAAGAAAUUUGAUGGUGAGACUGUUACGGAGGUUGUUCGACCUUGCAUUGCUAGGAUGAGAUACCGAGUUAAGAAACUUCCAAAAUAUGUAAUUCUUCACAUGCGUAGAUUUACCAAAAAUAACUUCUUCGUAGAAAAGAACCCCACUCUAGUGAACUUUCCUGUGAAGAACCUUGAAUUGAAGGAUUACAUCCCUUUGCCCACCCCAAAGGAGAAUGAGAAACUAAAAUCAAAAUAUGAUCUCAUUGCAAACAUAGUUCAUGAUGGGAAGCCAGGUGAAGGUUAUUACAGGGUUUUUGUCCAAUGCAAAUCAGAAGAAUUAUGGUAUGAAAUGCAGGACCUUCAUGUAACAGAAACUCUUCCUCAAAUGGUUGCUCUCUCAGAGGCCUACAUGCAGAUUUACGAACAGCAUGAAUGAGCAAAUGAUGCGCAGCUUUGGAAAUCCAUUUUUGUUACUUCACAAUCUUUGAGGGCCUUUCAAUGGAUGAAAAGGUUGGUGCUCUCCAGAUGUGCCUUUUACUGAACAUGUAAGUAUUAAUGAAUUGCAUGGAUCUUGCUGUGCUACUGUUAUUUAUAGCUAAACUGAUUAAUCCUAUAAUCUUCUGCUCAGAUGGCGAAAAUGUUAUGAAAAAUAUUAGCUCAGGUCAUAUUUUAAUCAAGUUGACUCUUUGCUUAGUUUGAAA